CUCGGUCUCGACGACGAAAGGUAGCAACUUCCUUCAUUCUUCAUUCAAUGGCGCAGGGAUUCAAGCCAGCAAAGGCGGCGCCAUCCAAGGCAAAGGGCAAGGCUAGGAGCCACGGGCCCAAGGCUGCUGGUCCCAAGCGAGGACCCAAGGUCAUUGCGCCAAAGAAGCGACAGGCUGUACAAGACGCUGCACAGAAGCAGAAACAGCAAGCGUCGCUGACGAGACGCAUCGAGGGCGAGAUGGCUGGCCGAGCUUCGGGAGGUGGGCCCUUGACUAUCAUGAAGAAGGUGGCCGACAAUGUAAAUGAGGAAAAGGAGAAGGAGAAGCAGAGGAAAGAAGCCAAGCGCAAAGAGAAAGGGAGGGCUUGAAUCGAGGCGGAGAAAUUCCUCUCAACCCCUGCGCUGUACAGUACAUAUCCCGUGACGACCGCGACAUGCCUCCGUAAUGAAUGGU